CUCAGAGACUGCUUCACAUUUUCUACACUUGUUUGGUAAGUUGAAAACCUCACACCGCCAUGCAGAGGACCGUGCACGCGCCGCUGCAGUUUUAUGAGAAGGUGGCCAGAGGGAUGAACUCGGACCAGGAAAGGCCGUACGUGUGUAACGCUCCUGGCUGUUCUCAGCGAUUCCCCACGGAGGACCAUCUGAUGAUACAUAGACACAAACAUGAGAUGACCCUCAAGUUCCCCUCCAUAAAGAACGACAACAUGUUAUCAGACCAGACGCCCACACCAACACGCUUCUUGAAGAACUGUGAGGAAGUGGGACUGUUCAAUGAACUGGACUGCUCCAUUGAGCAGGAGUUUUGCAAGGCCCAAGAAGAAGAUGACAGUAAACAGAGCGUCUCACUGCAUGGCCAGACAGGCCAAGGCCAGCACCAGCAGUCCCACUCGCAGAUGGGCAACCAUGAUACCAGCAUCGUGAUCCAGCAGUCCCUGCCCUCUCCUCAGUCCAGCUCCGUCAUCACUCAGGCUCCAUCCACCAACAGACAGAUAGGGCCUGUCCCCGACUCGAUGUCCUCAUUGCUGCACCUACGAAACAGACCGAGACAGCCUCUGCCAGCCUCCAUGCCUGAAACUCUGCCAGACCCGACCAUGCCCGGCUCCUCGGCCGUGCUGAUGCCUAUGGAGAGACAGAUGUCAAUGGGCUCCAAUAUGAUGGCUAUGCAGGGACCCGGCCACAGCAACUCCUGCUCUUCUGCUCACAUUCCCUCCAUGCACUCAGAAGCCAAACUGAGGCUGAAGGCUGCGCUUUCACACCACCCGGGUACCAUCGCUAACGGCAACAUGAACUCCAUGGGCCACAUGAUGGAAAUGAUGUCAUCACGACAGGAGCAAGGCACCCACCAUCACAUGCACUCACACCCGCACCAGCACCUGCAAGCCCCUCCCCACGCGUACCAGCACCACGGUCACCACCACCACAGCCAGAGCCACGGCCAGGGUGGACACGACCACCCGCAGGGACACAACCCCCAUCACAACUCCCACAAUCCCCACCUCCAUCCCGGGCACCCACACCAGACCUCACCGCACCCUCCAAUGCACUCCGCUUCACAUAUGUCACCCGCAAGCCAGCAGAUGCAUCCCACGCAGACACUGCAGUCUCCGCCACCCAGCGGGGGACGGCGCCGUCGAGUCGUGGACGAAGAUCCGGAUGAACGUCGGCGGAAGUUUCUGGAAAGGAACAGAGCGGCGGCAACAAGAUGCAGACAGAAGAGAAAAGUGUGGGUGAUAUCGUUAGAGAAGAAAGCAGAAGAGCUCACUCAGACCAACAUGCAGCUUCAGAAUGAAGUGACCAUGCUAAAGAACGAGGUGACCCAACUCAAGCAGCUUCUCCUCACACACAAGGACUGUCCCAUCACCACUAUGCAGAAAGAGUCCCAAGGUUACCUCAGUCCAGAUAGCAGUCCGGCGGGCAGUCCAGCACCAGAGUGCUCCCAGCACCAGGUCAUUCAGCACAACACCAUCACCACCUCCACCACAGCUGUAGGGGGCAGCAGUGUGCACGGGCAAACCAAUCACCGCACAGACAUUAACCCCAUUCACUAGGGACAAGAGAGACCCCGCCCCGCCCCCCGACCUUGCUUUCUGAGGGUUGCCAGCUGCACAUGCUGACCCCCCUCAUUCCCUCCAUCAAGAAAAACCUCAAAGGCCUGUGAGGCUGUUCUUUAUACAGUCGCUCCAGGAUGUAUUUUUAUAGACCAACCCUAUUAACCCAUACAUGUUCUUUGGUUUGUUGCCUCUUUUUUUACCUGUUUUAUUUUGUGCUUUUAGCAAAAAUGGAAUUUUGCUAAUCUCAUGCAGCAUUGAAGUGACUUUUCUUCCUGUUGUUUAACAAUGGUACAAAAAGGUCCAUGAUGGUCAUUGAACCGGAGGACAGAGACGUAAGCCUCAGACUGUCAUUCCUAUUAGCAGACCGUACAUCUCUGUAGUCCUGAUGGACUGAACAAAUAAGUCAAUGUAUUCUCUGAAUAUCACUUGUGAACAGUGUGUUGAGUGUAUGCAACAGACCCUACACGAGGGGGGAGUUGCUGCCUUUAAGCCAAGUCAAACUGUCUCUGUGAUGUCUUGAAGACAGGAAUAUGCAAGAAGGUGUAAUGAUACUUUUCUUUCUUAGAAACAAAUAUGACUGUUAACCUUGUCCCUGUCAGCUGUAUUCUUAAAGAGUGUCAUGAAAUUCAGCGUGAUCAAUUGGAAGCAAUACAUUGCAGUAUUGAUCACCUUCUCCACUGUCUGUCCACAUUCGAUCAGCAUGGCCAAGCCACUCUGGUCCCGAGGACAUACAAGGCUGUUCCAGCUACAGAACUGCCCACUGACCCCAGUGAGGCAGCUGAAACAAACUGCUUCACUCUCCAGGACCAACAGAAGCUUUAAUUACUGAGGCGUCUUUUUGUGUGUUUGUGCAUCUGGAUUUUAGCAUCCGUCGUUUUGAGUAUGCAAGUUAGUUAUGUAUUAUAUGCUUUAUCUGCCUUCUUUCCCCUGCAGAACAAAGUUCAGCAGGUGUGUAAAGAAAGAAAAACAAAAAACAUUGUGAUGAGAAAGUGACUGUGCGCAUGAUUUUUUAUUUCCGACUGGCUUCCCACAACUGGUUAAGUGUUUCUAAAGAGGAGCAGUUUAUGCUUGUGCUUUUCAAAAUGUCACAAUGUGCCUGAAUCUUUCGUAAAACCUUUUGUUGGCUUUCUGUAGACGGCAACUCUUUCUCUUCAAACAAUCAAACCCUUUCAUUCCCUGUGUUUUAUUCACACAUUUCCUCUGUUAUUGGUUUUGUCGUUGAUGUCUGCUGCAUGUGAGCCCAAAACCAGCUGACCAAGGAGAACAAGUACCUGCUUCCCAUUUAACCUCUGACCUCUUCGUCAAUUUCUCUUCCUCUCUUUCUCAGGCCUCCUCUGCAGGACGAUGGAUGUAUUAAUAGUGACCCGUUUUGUAUCUCCCUUGAAACUUCACGCCUUCUCAUGUUCACCACAACUCCUCUUUCUCUCUUUCCUAUGACCAGGAAUGUCGACUCAUUAGCAUGAUGACCAUAAUGCACUGUGUUUUACAGUAGGAUGGAUGAAAUACAUUCCACUGACAGGUGGAGCGAUCGCAGAGCUGUCUAUGCACUUUGUCCUCUGUCAUGCCAGAGGGUAGAAUAGCCAUAUUAAGGUCCGAGUAAUUCUCAGUGACCCCCCCCCCCCCCUCCUUUUCACACACCAGCGAGAAACUUAACUGUGUUUGGCUUUAUGAAGAGUCCGUACCUGGCAUGGAUCAUGUCUGUAGAUAAGGAAGGGAACCUUGAGCUCAUGUGGUAAAGACCCUGCACGGUUAAGUUUGAGUCCUUUUUUAUUCUGGAAGAAAAUAGAUGAAGGAUGUGAAUCUUUAUCCUCGUAUUGGGUACAUUCAAGUUCUGUUGAAGCAUUUGAACUGUUUUUGUCACGCGACGACCGUUCAGUCAGUGUGUGCAUUUUGAUAUGUGUCAAUGAGAAAUGGAUUCUCUUGAAAAGGGCUUUGUCGUACAAACCCUUUGAACUGAACCUUGCCUUGUUUUUAAACCGUGUUUUAGAUCAUUCCAAAUUAACCUCUCGCAUGUAACUAAUUAUGGCAAUGACCUCAAAAAACCUUUAACUGGAAUAAAUUGGAGGAUGUUGCUAAUUUAGAGUUAGAUAUGAGAGUCUCUCAUUUCCUUUUUGACAGUGGGUCCAGGUUCAGAAAGACAGUUGUUACUGCAGAGGAAGAAAAACAAUGCCUCUGUAUUAAUGUUAUAAAUGUAUUAUUUUAAAUCAAACUAUAAAUAUUGUAUAUAAUUUCAUUAUUCUUGUACAUGUAAUGCAACCACCUUUCUUAUUGAAGGGAGUAAAUGUGUGGUACAUGUUUGUAAAUAAUGUUUGCAUAGCACUUGUUGCCUUUUGUUGUACGCCGAGGCUCAUUUCAGCGCUUAAAUACAUUGUUUAUAUGUAAUGAACGGAUGACUCCAUUCUGGCCUGCAUAACUUUGUACAUUUUGUGUGUGUGUGUCUGUAAUGACAUUGUCUCCAUUAUGUUUUGCAUUUGUACAGAUGUUAAAGUAUCACUGCAGUUACAUUACAGUAUGAAAAUAAAGCACUUGUUCUGUAACAAUU